CCCCGGCCAACGUCUGCAGCGGGCCGGAGGUGCAGAGGGCAUGGCGACGGGGCCCGGCGCCGCAGGGCCUGAGGACGCGGUCCCCGACAUGGCCCCGGACGAGCCAGGCGAAGAGGCUGUCGCCGCGUCCCGGGUGCGGACGGUGGUGGCCUCCCUGCGCCCCGGGAAGGGGCCAAUGGCGCGCCUCCUGCGACGGCUCCGGCAGCGGCAGCCGUACGGAGCGGAGGAGGCCGAGGCCUGGCCGCGGGUGGAGGAGGCGGUGCCCGGGGCGCAGGAAGUGGGCAUGGGGCGGGGCCGGGAGGCAGAGGCGCAGCCCCUGCCCGCCGUGUGCGCGUCACCCCUGAGGAGCUUGUGGCGCGCGGAGAGGGCGGCGCUGUACUGCGACCAGGUGCUGCGGGGCGCCAAGGCAGAAGAUGCUGAUGAGGCUAUGAGUAAAUACCUAUUAGAAAAAUUAAAAUUGAGAGACAAAUGGCUUGGAGUCUGGAAGACUAAUCCUGAGCUAUUCUUUGUGAAGUAUGAAGAAGCUUCUAUCCCUUUUGUUGGUAUACUGGUUGAGGUAACUUGUAAACCACACCAGAACUCAUCAACUUGUUUUGAAGUUACUGUUUCUGUUGCUGAGCCUUUUUCUUCUAACAUUGCAAACAUUCCAAGGGAUUUGGUUGAUGGGAUUUUGGAGGAACUGGAGCACAAUGUACCUCUCUUGGAAGUGUAUCCCAUUGAAGGACGAGAUGCAGAUAUAUGGGAUAUUGCUCUGGCCUUAGAAGUUGUAAGGUUUUUUUACGAUUUCCUUUGGAGAGAUUGGGAUUAUGAAGAAAAUUGUGAGGAUUAUUCUGCUCUUAUUGAAGAAAGAAUUAAUCUGUGGUGUGAUAUACAGGAUGGAACAAUACCUGCUCCUAUUGCACAGCGUUUUAAAAAAACUUUGGAGAAAUAUAAAAAGAAGCAUGUCGAGCUCAUUGAGUAUCAGAACAAUAUUAAAGAAGAUCCAUCUGCAGCAGAGGCUGUUGAAUGCUGGAAAAAAUACUAUGAAAUAGUAAUGCUCUGUGGAUUAUUGAAAAUGUGGGAAGAUUUACGUCUUCGAGUUCAUGGACCUUUUUUUCCAAGAAUUCUGCGACGUAGGAAAGGAAAAAGAGACUUUGGAGAAACUGUAACACAUAUUGUAGCAAAAGUGAUGACCACUGAAAUGGUAAAGGAUUUGUCUUCAGGCACACUUCUUCAGCAGCAUGAUGAUUUGGAUUUGGCUUUGGAUAGUUGUUACAGUGGAGAUACAGUAGUUAUUUUUCCAGGAGAAUAUCAAUCUGCAAAUCUUGCUUUACUGACUGAUGACAUCAUUAUAAAGGGAGUUGGAAAGAGAGAGGAAAUUAUGAUUACUUCUGAACCUUCUCAUGACAGUUUUGUGGUAUCCAAAGCUGACAAAGUGAAACUAAUGAAUCUAUCUUUGAUACAACAAGGGACAGUUGAUGGUAUUGUAGUGGUAGAGUCUGGUCACAUGACUCUAGAAAACUGUGUAUUAAAAUGUGAAGGAACAGGAGUAUGUGUACUUACAGGGGCUACUUUGACAAUUACAGACAGUGAAAUAACUGGCGCCCAGGGUGCUGGUGUUGAACUGUAUCCUGGGAGUAUAGCCAUUUUAGAAAGGAAUGAAAUUCAUCACUGUAAUAACCUCAGAACCAGUGACAGUUCAAAAAGCAGCUUGGGUGGAGUUAAUAUCAAGGCUCUUCCAGCACCGAAAUUGAAGAUGACUAAUAACCACAUUUACAGCAACAAUGGCUAUGGAGUAAGCAUUCUUCAACCAACUGAACAGUUUUUUAUUGUAGCAGAAGAAGCUCUCAACGAAGGGGCUGCUUCAGGAGAUAAGAUAGAUGAUAAAAUGAUCUGCAAAAUAAUGCAAAACCUGAAUCUGGAAAUGAAUAAUAAUAAAAUAGAAGGAAAUUUAAAGGGGGAUAUCAGAAUAGGCACUAGUUAAAGCAUCUGGAUAAAUGUUAAAGUUUUAUACUUCAGAAAUUUAAUAAAUAAUUCUUAUAUCCCACAGAUAUGGUAAUUUUAAU